UAUUAUGAAAAAUGUAGGGCCUACAAUGCCCAUUCAUAUUCUCUAUUCCUAAUACCACCUGUAGAUGGCGCCUUUUUCACAUUCUCGGGUUGUUCUGCAGCUGAAGAAUGGACUACAAUUAAUUUAUUUAUUUUUGUGUGCAAUUUGAUGCAAACCUAGUAUGACAUAAUGUUAUACAUGUAUACACGGAAAAAAAGACAAGAAAAAAUAUUUGGAGGAUUUACGACGUUGAUGACCGUUGAAAUGCACGUCAUCACGUCUUGCGUACAACAUAGAGGCUAGUGGCAGUGCGCGCGCGGGCAAGUCGUCAAGUCGAAGCAGCUCGACAAGAUUGGCGCUUUUAUCAGGUGAGUAAUAAACAUCUCAUUAAAUAAAACAUAAUUGGGUAACUUUGAAAACUUAGAAGAUUGUGUUUUGGUUAAAUAUUUGACGUUGCAAUGAGUAUUUUGUUCUUUUUGGUGAAUUGAAAUUUCCCGCCAUUUGUGAAGGAUUCUGAGGUAACAGUUAACGUAAUUUAACAGAGUUAUUGUUUUUUUAAAAUGUCUAUUUUGAAAUGUCACGAGUACUGUUAGUUUUUCAAUUUUUGUUCGUACUAAUAAAAAUGCCCUAACGUUUGAAUCUCUUUCCCGAUACGAUUCGACAAAACGCAACAUAACCAAUUGUAAUUCAAAAUUGUGUCCACUAUAUGUGAAAUUAACAUGACGUACAUCAUUAUGUCUUUAUCAGUGCAGUUGAAUCGUCGAAUCGUCGUAUACUGUACACAACGAGUUCGCCAGUAACACAUUCAGAACGCGUUCAGAACGACGACUUGCACACGAAUGACUCAUUUGAACCACUUCAUUUAAGCUAUUGAACUUUUCAGUCACUAUAGGGAAUAUAAGAGAUCAUUGAAUCAUUUAAAAUGAACCACAGGGAAUGCAAGAUGUGAAUGAGCUUUGAUCAAUAGUAAGACGUAUUAAUUCAGUUGGCCAUUGUGGGCUGAAAAGUUAGUUGAAGAUGAUAAAAGCUUUAUUUGAUUAAAAAAAUAAAAAUAAUUCCUGUUUGGUUGAAUAAGUAAUGUUUUAUAUAACUUAAUAAUUGUCUUUUUCAUCAAAUUUUAUUAGAUAUAAUAAUAAUAAUAAUAAUAAUAAGUUGAAGUCACUUUGGUUAAGCCACUUAAAGGUACGGUACAAGUCAAGAUCAGGAUGACACCACCUCCGCCUCAUAAUGUCUACUGUUAUUUCCCAUAAAACGCAACAAGCUAAACAGCACAGACAGUUAUCGCCAAAAUAAAAACACAUAAAACAAAGAUCCUAUGUGAUCAGCCUAUAGCCUAUGGGCUGUUUGGUGUAACAAUGGACCGAGUUCCACAUCUUUCCCCUCACCAAACACAUAAAUACGAUUACGAUUCUCAUGUAUUCGAUUCGAUUUCACAAUGCGGCUGCCACAGAUCUUAUAUUAUUUUAUGUGACUAAUUAUAUAUUGAUAUUUGAUAAUACAUGUACCAAAGUAAUGCAUGAGUCCCGCUCUUGACUUAGGGCAGAGCUACAUAGGCAGUGCGUUUUUAUUUUUUUAUUUUUUUUUAUGUAAAUUAUUUUUUUGUAAACACCAAAAAACAACAGCAAUAUAUCGAUGAAUGGCAUCAGAAAACCAGCAGUAGGUUAUAAUCGAUUAUGGUUUAGUACUGCUGAAGUGUCAAUGUCUGCAUUGCGAAGCAUCGUAAAAAUAUUUAUUUUAGCACCUCUAUAUGCUAAAUUUAAUUUAUCGUUUAAGUGUCUAUAGAUGGAUAAUACAACUAACGUAUUAAAAUACUAACAAGGAAGUAUCUGGUUUUGACUGAGGUUGAUGCAAAAAGUUCAGUAUAGAGUUUAUUUUUUAUUUUUUUGUCUGUUAAUUAAUGAUGGUAUUCCUUACUGCUGAAAUGCAUGAUAAUUUGUUUUAAUGUUUAAAAAUAUAACAAAGGCCCAUGCAUUGGCAUUAUUCCACAACAUCUUUGUAAAUAUAUGUAAAUGUUUUAGAGAUCCAUAUGGACUCCUCUUAUUUUGCAGCUACUUGUGAUGCUAAAUAAUGGCAUACCACAGAAACUGGAGGAAACGUCAUGCUGAAGUGCUGUCUCUUGCAGAUGAUGAUUCAAAUAGCAGUGAUACAGAUGGGUUACUGAGGGCUCGGUUCAGUGAGGAUGAAACUGAUUCUUUGCCACCUUCAGCCGAUGGCAACAUUUCAGAUUAUGACUCUGAUGCGUUAGUGCUGUCUUCUGACACUGACUCUGAGGUUGCUGACUAUUUGUGUGAUGAUUCUGCAGAGGAAACUGCUCCUGAUCUGGGAGAGGAAAUUGCAGCAUGGGCAGCUACCAACAAAUGCAAGCGAUCUGGACUAAAUGAACUACUAGAUAUUCUAAGGCGCCAAGGACAUCGCCUCCCCAAGGAUGCCAGAACCCUGCUGAAAACCCCUAAAAGAGUGGAAGUAGUUGAUCUGUGUGGUGGUCAAUAUGCCUACUUUGGUAUUGCAUCAGGAGUACUGAAGGUUUUAUCCCAGAAUCCUGUUUUCCAUGAAGACCGAAUAGAUAUGUGCUUUAACAUUGAUGGCAUUCCAUUAUUUAAAUCAUCAAGUCUGCAAAUGUGGCCAAUCCUGUGCAGUUUCCAUGAUUUUGCACCCUUCAUUGUGGCACUCUAUUGUGGAAAAGCAAAACCGAGCCCAGUUAAAGAUUACCUCUCUGAUUUUCUACAGGAGUUGCAGCAACUUAUGCAAGAUGGCAUAGUCCAUGGAGAGAAAGCACUGCAAGUGACUGUAAAAUCCUUUGUUUGUGAUGCACCAGCUCGAUCAUUCCUGAAAUGCAUAAAGAAUCACAAUAGCUACUUCGCAUGUGAGCGCUGCACAGUUAAAGGCACCUAUGUGGGACGAGUUGUUCUUGGUGCUACAUCGCCUGGUGUUGUUGCAAGGUCUGAAGCAGAUUUCAGUAGACUUGCCUACAAAGACCAUCAAAUUGAGAAAUCCCCACUGACACUAGCUGGAAUUCCAUGUGUUCGGCCAUUUGCAUUGGACUACAUGCACUUGGUGUGUUUGGGUGUAGUUAGGAGAAUGCUUCACUACAUGCAGAGAGGACCCCACACAUGCAGACUGUCAUUUCAGCAAAGGAGUGACAUUUCAGUUAAACUAAAGGCAUUGAAUGGAGAACUACCUAGUGAGUUUGCACGGCAACCUAGGACUUUACUGGAAUUGGACAGAUGGAAGGCUACAGAACUUAGACAGUUUCUCCUUUAUACUGGACCAGUGGUUCUAAGAAAAGUGGUUUCACAUGCUGUAUACAAACACUUUCUUUCCUUGAUGGUUGCGGUGUCCGUCCUUUUGAAUUCGGAUGAUGCAGACCGUAAGGAACACUUAGACUAUGCUCGAGAGCUACUCAUGUACUAUGUGAAGAAGUGUGAGGCUAUAUAUGGAAACACCUUCGCUGUAUACAAUGUUCAUUCACUAAUUCACUUACCAGAUGAUGUGGAACACUUCAACUGUUCACUGAAUGGGAUUUCAUGCUUUCCAUUUGAGAACUACCUGCAGACUCUAAAGAAAAUGGUCAGACAAUCUCGCAAUCCUAUAGCCCAAGUUGCCAAGCGUCUAGCAGAAAUUGAAAAUUCUACAAAAUCUAGGCCUUUUACCAAAGAGAGCUUUACUCGCAUAUCCACAAGGCCAAGAGAUUGUUGUUUCAUCCUUCAGAACAAGGACUAUGUCUUUGUGAAGGAAAUGCAUGAAGAUGGCACCUUGGUUUGCGAUGUGCUACACCAAUGCAACACAGAGAGUUUCUUCACUGAUCCUUGUGAUUCUAAACUGCUCCACAUCGUCCGUGUUAGAGAUAUCAGCAGAACUAGACGUCGACUGAUCAGCAAACAGCAGUUGAUUCGUAAAGUUGUCUGUCUGCCAGCCAACCCUGGUGAAGCUGACACAGGAUUCAUUUUGUUCCCCAUGUUGCAUGAAAUAGAACGUAACUGAAUUGUACAUGAUGUGGGUCAGGGCGGUUUGGAAAGAGCCAAAUGGAGAGGAGGAGGGAGUCAUCCCCGAGGUUUGGGUGAAGGACAACAUGGUACACUGGCCACCAGGGGCUAAUGUAACUAAAGCAGCUAAAGAGAUGCGAAC